AAAUGGGGGGAGCGGCUUCUGAAAUUACCCCCCCAGCAGUGUGUAAAACAAAGACAACAGAGAGUGUCCUGAUGGAGAGAGCAGGCUCACCUGUACCCAGCUCUGUUUCCAUGAAGAGUGACCAGUCAAUGGACCAACCAAUCUUAUUCAGUGAGGGACGUUUUCCUACAGAUCAAAGUGUCCUGAUGGAGAGAGCAGGCUCACCUGCACCCAGCUGUGCUUCCAUGAAGAGUGACCAGUCAAUGGACCAACCAAUCUUAUUCAGUGAGGGACGUUUUCCUACAGAUCAAAGUGUCCUGAUGGAGAGAGCAGGCUCACCUGUACCCAGCUCUGUUUCCAUGAAGAGUGACCAGUCAAUAGACCGACCAAUCUUAUUCAGUGACAGACGUUUUCCUACAGAUCAAAGUGUCCUGAUGGAGAGAGCAGGCUCACCUGUACCCAGCUCUGUUUCCAUGAAGAGUGACCAGUCAAUGGACCGACCAAUCUUAUUCAGUGAGGGACGUUUUCCUACAGAUCAAAGUGUCCUGAUGGAGAGAGCAGGCUCACCUGUACCCAGCUCUGUUUCCAUGAAGAGUGACCAGUCAAUGGACCGACCAAUCUUAUUCAGUGAGGGACGUUUUCCUACAGAUCAAAGUGUCCUGAUGGAGAGAGCAGGCUCACCUGUACCCAGCUCUGUUUCCAUGAAGAGUGACCAGUCAAUGGACCGACCAAUCUUAUUCAGUGAGGGACGUUUUCCUACAGAUCAAAGUGUCCUGAUGGAGAGAGCAGGCUCACCUGCACCCAGCUGUGUUUCCAUGAAGAGUGACUGGUCAAUGGACAUACCAAUCACCUUUAGUGAGGGACGUUUUCCUUCAGAUCUAAGAGACCGAGUGAAUAGAAUGAAUAAAAGAGACUUAUCAUCCAUCUUCAAGUUACUGGAGGAAAAAGCUCAAAUGUUUCUGAAGGAUGAGCUGAUGAAAUUCAAAAGGUACCUGGAUCAGAAUGACCCAGAAUGCUCUGAGCCUCAGCUGGAGGAGGACAAUGACCUGGACAGUGAUGGUCAGAUGCAGAAGACCUGUGGUAGAGAGGGAGCUCUGAAGAUCACACUGUACAUCCUGAGGACCAUGGAGCAAAAUGAUCUCGCUGACAUGCUGGAGAAGAGGCAUCUUCUGUCGCAGUAUCAGCGCACAAUCAAAUGUAACCUGAAGAAGAAAUUUGAGUGUGUAUUUGAAGGGAGAGCUAAGGAAGGACAGCCAACACUUCUCAAAGAGAUUUACACAGAACUCUACAUAACUGAAGGGGGAGCUGGAGGAGUCAGUGAUGAACAUGAGGUGAGACAGAUUGAAACAGCAUCCAAGAAACGGCUAACAGAAGAUACUACAGUCAAGUGCAAUGAUAUAUUUAAACCCUUAUAUGGACGUGUGACACCUAUCAGAACUGUACUCACAAAAGGGGUCGCAGGUAUCGGGAAAACAGUCUCUGUGCAGAAAGUUAUUCUUGACUGGGCAGAAGGAAAAGCAAACCAGGACAUUUACUUCAUAUUUGCUCUUCCUUUCCGGGACCUGAAUUUGAUCAAGGAUGAAUAUAGUCUGAUUGAUCUGCUUCACCACUUUGUCCCAGACCUGAAAUUGCUUGAAUCCACUGAGCUGUGUAGGUACAAAGUUUUGUUGAUCUUUGAUGGUCUGGAUGAGUGUCGCCUUCCUCUAGAUUUUCAAAAGAAUGAGAGCUGGUUUGAUGUAACAAAGAAAACAUCACUGGAUGUGCUGUUGACUAACCUCAUUAAGGGGAACCUGCUUCCAUCCGCUCUCCUCUGGAUAACCUCCCGGCCAGCAGCAGCCAAUCAGAUACCUCCUGAGUGUGUCCACCAGGUGACAGAGAUACGAGGGUUCAGUGAUGCCCAGAAGGAGGAGUAUUUCAGGAAGAGAUUUAGUGAUCAGAGCAUGGCUAGCAGGAUUAUCACACAUGUGAAAUCAUCAAGGAGCCUCUUCAUCAUGUGCCACAUACCUGUGUUCUGCUGGAUUUCAGCCACUGUCCUUGAAAGGCUUUUUAGUGAGACUGAGAAGGGAGAAAUUCCAAGGACUCUGACUGAAAUGUACACACACUUCCUGAUCUUCCAGGUGAGUUUAAAAAAUGACAAGUAUAUGGAAAAACAUCAAAACAAGUUUAAGAAAUGCACUAAAUCUGGGAAGAAAUUCCUUUUAAAACUUGGUAAACUGGCUUUUGACAACCUUGAGAAAGGCAAUCUCAUAUUUUAUAAGCAAGAUCUGACAGAGAAUGGCAUUGAUAUCACAGAGGCGUCAGUUUACUCUGGACUGUGCACAGAAGUCUUUAAAGAGGAGUAUGGGUUGUACCAGGAGAAGGUGUACUGCUUUGUGCAUCUGAGCAUCCAGGAGUAUCUCGCUGCUUUAUAUGUGUUUCUGUCAAACUCAUCAGCUGACCUGCUGAAGACUGCAGUGGAUCAGGCAUUAAAGAGCAAGAAUGGACACUUGGACCUCUACCUCCGCUUCCUCCUUGGCCUCACAACAGACUCCAGUAAGAUUCUGUUACAAAAACUACUGGGAGAUACAAGACGCAGUUCACAUAACAUUAAUGAAACAGCCCAGUACAUCAAGGAGAAAAUUCAGGAGAAUUUAUCUGCAGAAAGGACCAUCAACCUGUUCCACUGUCUGAAUGAACUGGGUGACAAUUCUCUAAUAGAGGAAGUACAAAGAUCCCUGAGUUCAGGAAGCCUUUCAGCAGCAGACCUCUCACCUGCACAGUGGUCAGCUCUGGCCUUUGUGUUACUGAUGUCAGAUAAGGAGCUGGAUGUGUUUGAUCUGAAGAAAUACAUCAGAUCAGAUGAAGGUCUUCAGAGGCUGCUGCCUGUGAUCAAGAAAUCUAGGACAGCUCUGCUGGACAGCUGUAGACUCACAGAGACAUGCUGUGAAGUGUUGGCUUCAGCUCUCAGAUCAAACUCCUCUCAGCUGAGAGAGCUGGACCUGAGUGACAAUGACCUGCAGGAUUCAGGGGUGAAGCUGCUCUCUGCUGGACUGGGGGAUUCACACUGUACACUGGAGAUACUGAGGCUGUCAGGCUGUAGAGUCACAGAAGAAGGCUGUUCUUCCCUGGCUUCAGCUCUGAGGUCAAACCCCUCACACCUGAGAGAGCUGGACCUGAGCUACAAUCACCCAGGAGACUCAGGAGUGAAGUUGCUCUCUGCUCUACUGGAGGAUCCCAGCUGUAAUCUGGAGAAACUGAAUGUGGACCACAGUGGAGAGUGCAGGACCAGACCAGGGAUCCAGAAAUACUCCUGCCAGCUGACGCUGGACCCCAACACAGCAAACAGCCGCCUGUCUUUGUCAGAGGGGAACAGGAAGGUGACAGGGGGGGCAGAGCAGCCAUAUCCUGAUCAUCCAGAGAGAUUUAACUUCUGGUGCCAAGUUCUGUGCAGAGAGAGUCUGACUGGUCGCUGUUACUGGGAGGCUGAGUGGAGUGGAGAUGGAGUCCGGAUAGCAGUGACUUAUAAAGGAAUCGGGAGGAAAGGAGGGAGUGCUGACUGUCUGCUUGGAGACAAUGACAAGUCAUGGAUGCUGUUCUGCUCUCCUGACAGUUACUAUGUCUGUCACAAUAAUAAACAGACUCUCAUACCCAUAAAGCCCUCAGACUCCCGCAGAGUAGGAGUGUAUCUGGACCAGGCGGCUGGUACUCUGUCCUUCUACAGAGUCUCCUCUGAUGGACUGACCCUCCUGUACAGCUUCACCUCCUCAUUCACUGAACCCCUCUAUCCAGCGUUUUGUGUUCAUUAUCCAAACUCCCCCGUGUCGCUGUGCAUGCUGGGAUAGCUCACUGUGUGCUGGAGGAAUCAUUUUUACCUUAUCAGUGUCACAUGUCGCUGCCUCUCCACGGCAAAAAGGUAAAAUCUCUGCUUUAUAACCAGUAUAACCCUUUUUACUCUGAAGUGUGACGUAUGUUAGACAGAAAUAAAUUAAUGUUUGUUCAGUUUGCCAAACUCAUGCAAAAUGACUGUUUUUCUGUCCGAUUAAAACGUAAUGAAUUGUAAUCCUGAUGAGUGAGGGGGGGGGGCUUUUCCACUCCUCUGUAUAUGUACAUUUUAUAUAUUUCUGUCUGUAUAUUGUAUUUCUUACCUUUACACUGACAAUAAAAGCUUCCUAUU